CAGCAGGUCAGCAGCCAAUUGGAAGUCACUGUCUUCCUCUGAAUAUUCUGAGACCCUCCUCUCAACACUUUGUCGAGUUAACAAAGUCACCUCAUCCAAUCUUGCAUCCCCAUCUCUGUCUUUGCUCCUCCAUGGCCAUGGCCAUGGCCCGACCUUGUGCUUUCCUUCUCUUCUUCCUAGUUCUUUUCUCCUACGACGGAUCCGGUCCUGGGAGCAGCAGGAGGACUAGGAGGAGUGGCGUCGCGCAGGCCACGCAGAGAGUCUUCCUGUAUCCACAGGCUCCCAAGGUCUCCUCCAUCGUGAGCAGCAAGUACAGGACCGCGUACCACUUCCAGCCUCCCAAGAACUGGAUCAACGAUCCAAAUGGACCAAUGUACUACAAUGGUAUCUACCACCAGUUCUACCAGUACAACCCAAACGGCUCGCUCUGGGGCAACAUAGUCUGGGCGCACUCGGUCUCCACAGAUCUCGUGAACUGGAUCCGGCUCGCGCCGGCGAUAGAGCGGACGACUCCGAGCGACAUCAAUGGCUGCUGGACAGGUUCAGCCACCAUCCUAAAGAGCGGCCGGCCUGCCAUCAUAUACACCGGCGCCGACACCGAGAAGCGUCAGGUCCAGAACGUGGCGUUCCCCAAGAACCUGUCCGAUCCGUACCUGCGGGAGUGGGUGAAGCCACACGACAACCCGGUGAUCCAGCCGGUCGGACGAGGGCUGAACCCAGGCCAGUUCAGAGACCCGACGACCGGCUGGAUCGGCCCGGACGGGCUGUGGAGGAUAGCCGUCGGGGCCGAGGUCGACGGCCACAGCGCGGCGCUUCUGUACGAGAGCGAGGACUUCGUGCGCUGGGACAGAGUGGACCACCCGCUCUACUCCUCCAACGCCUCCGCCAUGUGGGAGUGCCCGGACUUCUUCGCGGCGAUGCCGGGCGAGAACUCCGGGCUGGACAUGUCGGCUGCGGUCCCGGAUGGCGCCAAGCACGUCCUCAAGAUGAGCCUUGACGGCUCUGACAAGUACAUGGUCGGCGUCUAUGAUCUGAAAGGUGACGCCUUUGUGCCGGAUACCGUGAUCGAGGACCGGAGGCUGUGGUCAAGGAUUGACUACGGCAACUACUACGCUUCCAAGUCGUUCUUCGACUCGAAGAAAGGGAGGAGGGUCAUAUGGGGCUGGACGAAUGAGACGGACAGUUCGUCAGACGACGUCGCCAAAGGAUGGGCUGGAAUCCAUGCAAUUCCCAGGACUAUAUGGUUGGAUAAAGACAGCAAGCAGCUGCUGCAAUGGCCGGUCGAAGAGAUCGAGUCGCUCCGAGGAAAACAAGUCAGACACCAAGGCCUGGAGCUCAGGAAGGGGGAUCUGUUUGAGAUUAAGGAAAUUGACACUCUGCAGGCAGAUGUGGAGAUAGAUUUCGAGCUCACAUCCAUAGGCAGUGCCGACCCUUUUGACCCUUCCUGGCUCUUGGACAUCGAGAAGCAGUGCCGGGAAGCGGGCGCGUCGGCUCAUGGCCCGUUCGGGCUCGUGGUUCUUGCUUCUGAGAGCAUGGAAGAGCACACCUCCGUGCACUUCAGAGUGUACUACAGAUCACAGGAGAAGCACAUGGUUCUUAUGUGCGCCGAUCUGAGGAAAUCGUCCUUGAGACCGGAGCUGUACACGCCAGCCUACGGAGGCUUCUUUGAGCUGGACCUGGAGAAGGAAAAGACGGUGGUAUCUCUGAGAACUUUGAUCGAUCGCUCUGCGGUGGAGAGCUUCGGUGGAGGCGGCAGGGUGUGCAUCAUGGCCAGGGUCUAUCCGGCGGCGCUCGUCGACGACGGCGGCACUCGCAUGUACGCGUUCAACAAUGGCACUAGCACCGUCAGAGUGCCCCGGCUAGAAGCGUGGAGCAUGAGGAGGGCACAGGUUAACAAGGGAUGAGGAGGAACACAAGGCCAUUUGAUAGCUAGAGGAGAGGAACAGAGCAUGGGCACAUGAAUUAAACACACACUGCUGGUUUAAUUUGCUGGAAUUAAUCAAUCAAUCAAUCAACAAACACACGAAGAUUAAAUC